UUCCUGCAAACUAUUGCGACAUUUCAACAAAUUGAAACUAGCAGCUCUGUAAGGACGAGACUUUUACAGGUCCAACUCUGCUUCCCUUUUUCAAAAUCAACUAGAAGCUACUCUCUACUGAAGUUUGAAGAAUAGAUAACCAGCAGGCAGGUGGCCUUGCACUGUUAAGUGACCCGCUCCAGACAUUAGAGCUUCCAGCGCAUGAAGGACUAUCUCUCUCCAAAACAGGUUGGCGAUUACCAUGACCAUGAGGAGUUUGUUCUCGAAUCACAGUCAUUAUGUUGAAACUUUUCAAGUCUUCCUCAAGAAGUCAACUGAACAUCAAUGCAUACUGGACUUCAUUCACAAGAAGCUGCCCCAAUUAAUAUCCAGCAUCAGUAAUGGAAAAACUGAUAUCAACGUUCUAAGUGUCGGCGGUGGUUCAGGGGAAAUUGACCUUGAGAUUCUUGCAAGAUUACAGUCGGACUAUCCUGGUGUGAUCAUUCAUAACGAUGUGAUAGAACCAAACGCAGAACAAAUAAACAGUUACAAAGAACGUGUUGCAAAGACACCAGAUCUCAAGAACGUAAAGUUCACUUGGCACAAAGAGACAUCCCUGGAAUAUGAAAAUCGAAUUAUGGACAGCAAAGAGAUGGGGAAAUGGAAUUUCAUCCACAUGAUCCAGAUGCUGUAUUAUGUAAAAGACAUGCCAGCUACCAUUAGAUUCUUUCACAGCCUCUUGGAACCUGGGGCCAAACUCCUCAUUAUUCUUGUUUCAGCAUACUUAGCAGGCACAAGGAAUGCAACAGGACGCAGUGGCUGGGCCAAAUUGUGGAGAAAAUACGGUGCUCGUUUACCUCCGAAUGAUCUUUGUUUAUAUAUUUCUUCUGCUGAUGUUGAAGAGAUGCUUGAUGGUUCUGGACUGAAGUAUCAGACUCAUGAGCUUCCAUCAGACAUGGACAUUACAGAUUGCUUUACUGAAGGGAGCAAAACUGGGGAACUUUUGCUUGAUUUUUUGACAGAAACCUAUAAUUUCAGUAAAACUGCCCCUCUUGAUCUAAAAAAUGAACUCAUUGAAGAUCUUAAAAAGCCUGAAUAUGGUGAAAGGAGAGGUGACAAAUAUUUUUUUAAUAACACUCUGAGCGCAAUAAUGAUUGAACAUUAAAAUGGAGAGAUUUAUUUACAAACUUAAUGUCACUGUGAACUUGUUUAAUAUUUUAAUAUCUCGAUUGUAUGUGAAACCUGAGACAAAUACAGACAGAAACACCCAAGUGGGAUUUAGUAUGUUGUGUCUCGAGUUAUCAUUAAGAGUAUCAAUACCAGUAUGUGUUUGCAAUGUUGCAAAUAAAUAUUAAUACAUUAAAAUUAAUAAAUUAAAGUAAAUUAAAACUUACUUAAUUGGGAUGCUUAUCAUUAUUCCUAUGUGAAGGUCCCAUGUUGAGAUGAUGAAUCAGAUCUUGAAAAGACAGAAGCCUAUAUUCUGCUUGAUGAAGAAAGAGUGGUUGCCAACAAGUUUGCACUUAUGACUUGUUGCAGUGCCCUGCAAUUGUGUAAUCACCAUGUAUAAACACGAUUUGAAACCUUCAUGUAUUCACUAUUUGUAACUACCCAACCUGGGGCUUCGACUGUUCGUCGGAGAUAAUGAGCCUUGCUGACGUCACACGCUGAGCUGUUACAGCCUGCGGGCGGUUGUAGACAAAGUGAUUAGGAUGCUGUCUGCUGAACUAACAAUCUAGAAAGGGGUGGAGGGUCAAUUCAUAGGCGUAAAUACAAUGAUGGAAUAUGAUAGUUUGUACAAGUAUAGUAAAUAGGGGUAAACUAUUAAUGGCUAAAAGCACAGUGUACAAGGGGUUACAUGGUGAUUGGGUGUGAUGCAGUAAUGCUCAUCGGAUGGUGGAUAAACUCAUUAAGUUGUUAACUGGUGUAUAAAUACAGCUCUGGCUGCAAGGUGUGCCAGAGCUGACUUUAAUUCCUUUUGGUUACUCGUUGUUACCUGAAUCCAGAGCUUUGUAUGGACGAAU